GAACAAGUCAGCAUGCCAGUAAACAACAAACUGAUUCAACAGCUAAUAAUUAAUGAACCCCGCCCCCUCUUUGCUAUAAAAAUUCCAUCAGAUACAGUUCUACCUUUACCUUUUUCAGAUCAGUGAUAGCUAGCUAGCUAAUUUAAGCUCGCCUUCUGACAAUAACAUGAGUGGAGGAAGAGAUGAUCUUUGUUUCCUCGCCGUGGGUUUCGCCAUCUCGUUAGCUCUACUGCCGCUCCUCUCUGCCGUCGAUCCAGGCUCCCUCCAGGACUUCUGCGUCGCGGUCAAGGACCCCAAUAACAGUGUGUUUGUGAACGGGAACCUGUGCAAGGAUCCAAACCGAGUCACGGCGGACGAUUUCUUCCUGUCCGGUCUGGACCAGCCGGGUAACACUUCGAACCCGGUUGGGUCGAAAGUCACCCUGAUCAACGCCGACCGGAUCCCGGGGCUGAACACGCUGGGGAUAUCCCUGGCUCGAGUGGACUACGUGCCCAACGGCGGCCUGAACCCUCCCCACUACCACCCUCGAGCCACGGAGGUGUUCUUGGCCCUGGAGGGGAAAUUCUACGCCGGGUUCGUGGCGUCGAACCCGGACCGGCUGAUCAGCAAGAUACUGAACCCGGGUGAUGUGUUCGUUUUCCCGGCGGGAAGGAUCCAUUUCCAGUACAACAUCGGGAGAACUGCUGGCCGGGCCGUGUCCGGAUUGAGCAGCCAGAACCCGGGCAUUGUUGUGGUGGCUAAUUCAGUUUUCGGAUCGGGUAUUGACCCGAGUGUGCUGGCCAGGGCGUUUCAGAUGGACAAGGAACUGGUGGAGCAAUUGCGAAAGAAAUUCUAGAGGGAUAGAAUAGAACUAGUUUGCUGUUAAUUGUUUAAUAAAUAAUCGGAUGAGCAGCAUCUGAUGAUGAUGUGUGUAUAAUUCCAUUCUAUAUAUAUACUAGCUUCCACCCUGCCUUUGGGCAGGUAGAAUUUUAAUUUUUUCUCCGUAACUUAUAAAUAUAUAUGGCAACAUCUAAAUUAUCAAUUUGUUAUCAUUAUAAUAUUACUUUAGGCAAAAUACUAAAAUUAGUGAAAUAUCAUAUAUAUAGGUGAAAAUUAUAACAUUUUCUAUGCAUUAAGAAAUCUAUUAUAUAUCCAUGAAAAUAAUAAGGUAUGAUGUAU